AUGAACGAGUUGAAGCGCAAGCAGCGCGAACGCCGCAUUUGGUUGGCGGUUUACGUUAUCAUCGGCCUGGCCUACGUCGCGGGUGCACUCAACUUCGGCUUUGAGCACCGCAAUUACGGUGCGUGCACCGGCUUCUUCUUCGCGGUUCUCUUAAUCGCCCUGCGCGUGGCGCUCUUCGUGACACCGCAGCACCGCCUGUACCAGAUUUUCCCUCCCAGCAGCUUCAAUCGCGCGGCAUACCAGACGUUCUUCCUCUGUCUUUGCCUGACUGGGAUCAGUCUGGGGCUGUGGCUCAUGGCGAAGGGCAUUCAGCAUCAUCAAGUCUGGACAGCGAAGUCGUACUUUUGUGGAAUGAUCGGCAUGUGGAUGGCAGCAAAGUGGGCCUUCUUUGUGACGAUGCCCAUCUACGAACUCCGAGAGGACACCCUCGAGGAGGACGCGCUUCUCCGACUUGGCUUCAUUGAGAGAGGGAGAGAGAGGAUAAGUGGCAAUAGUGAGCCGCUGCUGGAGAACCAGGUGUAG